CUCGAGUUUUUCUCGUUUGAAUGUCUCAAGGUCAAGCCCCUAGCAGCUUUGGCUAUGAUUGAUGAGGGGGAGCUUGAUUGGAAAAUAGUUGCAAUAUCGUUGGACGAUCCGAGAGCUUCGCUCGUGAACGAUGUUGCCGAUGUUGAGAAACAUUUUCCGGGAACUCUCACUGCAAUUCGGGACUGGUUUAGAGAUUACAAGAUUCCAGAUGGAAAGCCUGCUAAUAAAUUUGGUCUUGGCAACAAGGCGGCCAGCAAGAAUGUGAAAGUUCAUAUACAGUUGCUGUAUGUGAUGAUUUUGCGAACGCAACUCUGCCCUCCAAGCAUGUGCAAGGAAAAGCUAUGUAUUAAGUGCAACCUGCCUGAUGGACCAUGAAUUAUAAUCUCCAGA